AUUUCUAGGGCCGGGCGCGGGGGCGGGCAAGCCUGGACGAUUUAACUCGGGAGAGCCGCUGGUGGGUAGGCGCGGGUGGGCGCCAGUGCGAGCGUAGGCCCCUGCCUGCCCCGCAGCCGCCGCCUGCCCAGUGACCAUGAUAGUGUUUGUCAGGUUCAACUCCAGCCAUGGUUUCCCAGUGGAGGUCGAUUCUGACACCAGCAUCUUCCAGCUCAAGGAGGUGGUUGCUAAGCGACAGGGGGUUCCAGCUGACCAGCUGCGUGUGAUUUUCGCAGGGAAGGAGCUGAGGAAUGACUGGACUGUGCAGAACUGUGACCUGGAUCAGCAGAGCAUCGUUCACAUUGUGCAGAGACCAUGGAGAAAAGGUCAAGAAACGAAUGCAACUGGAGGUGACAACCCCAGAAACGCGGCAGGAGGCUUUGAGCAGGAGCCCCAGAGCUUGACUCGGGUGGACCUCAGCAGCUCAGUCCUCCCAGGAGACUCUGUGGGGCUGGCUGUCAUUCUGCACACUGAGAACAGGAAUGACGCACCACCAGCUGGAAGUGCAGCAGGUAGACGAGUCUACAACAGCUUUUAUGUUUAUUGCAAAGGCCCCUGUCAAAGAGUGCAGCCGGGAAAACUCAGGGUACAGUGCAGCACCUGCAGACAGGCAACGCUCACCUUGACCCAGGGUCCAUCUUGCUGGGAUGAUGUUUUAAUUCCAAACCGGAUGAGUGGCGAAUGCCAGUCCCCACACUGCCCUGGGACUACUGCGGAAUUUUUCUUUAAAUGUGGAGCACACCCAACCUCCGACAAGGAAACAUCAGUAGCUUUGCACCUGAUCGCAACAAACAGUCGUAACAUCACUUGCAUUACGUGCACAGAUGUCAGGAGCCCCGUCCUGGUUUUCCAGUGCAACUCCCGCCAUGUGAUUUGCUUAGACUGUUUCCACUUAUACUGUGUGACGAGACUGAAUGAUCGGCAGUUUGUUCACGACCCUCACCUGGGCUACUCCCUGCCUUGUGUGGCUGGCUGUCCCAACUCCUUGAUUAAAGAGCUCCAUCACUUCAGGAUUCUGGGAGAAGAGCAGUACAACCGGUACCAGCAGUAUGCCGCGGAGGAGUGCGUCCUGCAGAUGGGGGGCGUGUUAUGCCCCCGCCCUGGCUGUGGAGCGGGGCUGCUGCCUGAGCCUGACCAGAGGAAAGUCACCUGUGAAGCGGGCAAUGGCCUGGGCUGUGGGUUCGCCUUCUGCCGGGAGUGUAAGGAAGCAUAUCAUGAAGGGGACUGCAGUGCCCUCUUUGAAGCCUCAGGAACAAUUCCUCAGGCCUACAGAGUGGAUGAAAGAGCCGCAGAGCAGGCUCGUUGGGAAGAAGCCUCCAAAGAAACCAUCAAGAAAACCACCAAGCCCUGUCCCCGCUGCCAUGUACCAGUCGAAAAAAAUGGAGGCUGCAUGCACAUGAAGUGUCCGCAGCCCCGGUGCAGGUUCGAGUGGUGCUGGAACUGUGGCUGCGAGUGGAACCGCGUCUGCAUGGGGGACCACUGGUUCGACGUGUAGCCAGGGCAGCCCGGGCGCCCCAUCGCCUGGUCCUGGGGGAUCGUGCACAGUGUCCUACUUUCUCGCUAAUUCUCUUUCCAAACACACACACGCACGCACGCACACACGUGCACACACAUGCAAAC